AUGGGACGGCAGGUGGAGGACUGUUAUCAGACGGUGCGCUCAAGUAUCUCAUGGGGUUGUGAUUGGGGUUACAACGAGAACGGUGUCUAUUGGGAGGAAUGCUAUUGCGCUGAAGAUUCUUGUAAUGGUUCCCAAUCCGUUCGCAUCUCAUUCCCAACACUUAUCACUGCAUUCUUAUCGCUUUUUUAA